GUGGCCGCCGGCAGACGCCCCUGGGAAGGACUUGGCGCGGGAGGUGGCUGCCCGCCGUCUUCUGCCGGGCUCGGAGGUGCUGGAACACUCGCCCACCGCGCGCCCUGAGGAAGGAGAAGCCGUCGGCGUUGGCCCUGGGAGGCAGCCGGUAAUGGCCCCGUUGCUCCGGAGCGGCAGUUUCAGGCACUGGAGCGGCGGGGAAGCGCUGCGGCUGCGCGCCUUGGCCCGGCCCAAGCGCCACAGCAGCUCCGGUUGUCUCGCUGUCCCUGCCGCCGCCGGUGCAGGACAACCAGGAGCCGGAGGGCGCAGCCCGCUGUCGGUGGUGGAGUUGGCCGUGGACGAACAGCUGGAGCGGAGCGCGGGCGGGAAGAGCCAGUGCGGCGAGCUGCUGACGCUUUCGGAGAGGCUGGUGGCCUGGGAGAGUUCCGUCGGAGGCUCUCCUCGGGUCAGGGCUUGUAGCAGCAGCCUCAAGAGAAAAGCCGGCGUAAAUGCCCAGUCCAGCAGCGAGAGCCUCGCCGAGCCCUUGAGCAGAGAUGCCUUUGUAAAUAGCCAGGAAUGGACACUAAGUCGAUCUGUGCCAGAACUCAAAGUGGGAAUUGUGGGAAAUUUAGCUAGCGGUAAAUCUGCCCUUGUACAUCGAUAUCUGACUGGGACAUAUGUCCAGGAGGAGUCACCAGAAGGUGGGAGAUUCAAGAAAGAGAUAGUAGUUGAUGGACAGAGUUACCUGCUGCUGAUUAGAGAUGAAGGAGGUCCUCCCGAGGCACAGUUUGCCAUGUGGGUGGAUGCUGUUAUAUUUGUCUUCAGCCUGGAGGAUGAAAUUAGCUUUCAGACCGUGUAUCACUACUAUAGCCGUAUGGCAAACUAUCGCAACACUAAUGACAUCCCAAUGGUACUUGUGGGAACUCAGGAUGCUAUAAGUUCCAAUAAUCCUCGUGUCAUUGAUGAUACUAGAGCACGGAAACUGUCAAACGAUUUGAAGAGAUCUACCUACUAUGAAACCUGUGCUACCUAUGGACUGAAUGUGGAGAGAGUCUUUCAGGAUGUUGCACAGAAGAUUGUUGCAACAAGGAAAAAACAGCAGCUUUCGAUAGGCCCUUGCAAAUCGUUACCAAACUCUCCAAGCCACUCAUCUGUAUGUUCAGUCCAGGUCUCUGCAGUACAUAUCAGCCAGACCAGUAAUGGAGGAGGGAGUUUAAGUGAUUAUUCCUCCUCUGUCCCAUCUACUCCAAGCACCAGCCAGAAGGAGCUACGGAUUGAUGUUCCACCUACUACUAACACUCCAACACCUGUUCGUAAACAGUCCAAGCGCCGGUCCAACCUUUUCACGUCUCGGAAAGGGAGCGACCCAGACAAAGAAAAGAAAGGAUUAGAGAGCAGAGCAGAUAGUAUUGGAAGCGGCCGUGCAAUCCCAAUUAAACAGGGUAUGCUGCUCAAGCGAAGUGGGAAAUCUUUAAAUAAAGAGUGGAAGAAGAAAUAUGUUACUCUCUCUGAUAAUGGUGUACUGACCUAUCAUCCAAGUUUACAUGACUACAUGCAGAAUGUUCAUGGAAAAGAAAUUGAUCUUCUGAGAACCACAGUUAAAGUCCCAGGGAAGAGGCCCCCUCGAGCUACAUCAGCAUGUGUACCCAUCUCCAGUCCAAAAACAAAUGGCUUGUCCAAAGACAUGAGCAGUUUACAUAUCUCGCCAAAUUCUGGAAAUGUGACUACUAGUACAUCUGUGUCUCAGAUGACAAGUGGCAUCAGCCUUGUUUCUUUCAACAGUCGACCUGAUGGGAUGCAUCAGCGUUCCUAUUCAGUCUCCAGUGCUGACCAGUGGAGUGAGGUGACAGUUGUUGCAAACUCAGGCAUCAGUAGUGAUACUGGCUUGGGAGAUUCUGUGUGUUCCAGCCCAAGUAUAUCUAGCACUACAAGUCCGAAGCUGGAUCCUCCUCCUUCCCCUCAUGCAAACAGAAAAAAGCAUCGCAGGAAGAAAAGCACUAGCAAUUUUAAAGCCGAUGGUAUUUCAGGCACUGCCGAAGAGCAAGAAGACAACUUUGAAUUUAUUAUUGUGUCUCUUACUGGUCAGACUUGGCACUUUGAAGCUACAACAUAUGAAGAAAGAGAUGCUUGGGUCCAAGCAAUAGAGAGUCAAAUUCUGGCCAGCCUGCAGUCAUGUGAGAGCACCAAGAAUAAGUCCCGACUGACAAGUCAGAAUGAGGCCAUGGCCCUUCAGUCAAUAAGAAACAUCAGAGGCAAUUCUCGCUGUGUGGACUGUGAGGUACAAAAUCCUGACUGGGCGAGCUUAAAUCUGGGAGCACUCAUGUGUAUUGAAUGCUCAGGGAUACACCGAAACCUUGGCACACACUUGUCACGUGUCCGCUCACUUGACCUGGAUGAUUGGCCUAUAGAACUCAUCAAAGUAAUGUCCUCCAUUGGGAAUGAGUUAGCAAAUAGUGUGUGGGAAGAAAAUACGCAGGGACGUGCAAAACCCUCUCCAGACUCCACAAGGGAAGAAAAAGAGCACUGGAUCCGGGCAAAAUAUGAACAGAAGCUUUUCCUUGCUCCACUGCAGUGCUUAGAAUUUUCCUUAGGCCAGCACCUGCUCAGAGCAACUGCAGAGGAAGAUUUGCGAACUGUCAUCCUGCUUCUGGCCCAUGGAACACGAGAAGAAGUAAAUGAAACCUGCGGAGAUGGGGAUGGACGUUCAGCGUUACAUUUGGCUUGCAGGAAAGGAAAUGUAGCAUUGCUGCAGCUCUUAAUUUGGUAUGGUGUUGAUGUUAUGGCCCGUGAUGCCCAUGGAAACAGUGCAUUGGCCUAUGCCAGACAAGCAACAAGCCAAGAAUGCAGUGACGUCCUCCUGCAGUAUGGCUGCCCAGACGAGCGCUUCGUUCUUAUGGCUACUCCCAAUUUAUCAAGGAAGAACACUAAUAGGAACAACAGCAGUGCAAGGAUGCCCACCAUCAUCUGAAGAAAGUGGUUCUUGUUUUCCGACAUGCCUAACAUUCAUAGCCUCACAUUAUGCAUUAAUUUCACAGUUGAGGUCUAUGAGUCUAUAAAAUACCCCAUCUCCUUUUCUCUUCAGUUUUCACUUUCUCCAGGAAAAAAGAAACAAGAAAGAGAAAGAAGACUGCAGAAACCAUUUGUUUUAAUAAAAAGAACUCAAAUUAUGAAAAUGUAGCAGGAAGACAAAGAGAGGUCAUGGAUUCACUAAUGACAGCACAUGACACGGGACUAUUUGAUUGGGUGUCUCUAGGCAGGGCUCUUACAAGUAUUGCACGAGAGUUACUGGAGGGGAAAAACGGGGAAGAAGAGUAGAAAUUGUAACUUUCCUUAACUGACAGUUAAGCACAUCAGUACAUUUCACCUCUACCAAGCCGAACAUUUGGAUUUCAUUCUCUUUUCCGAAGAGCUUGACGGCAUAAAUCAGAAGCAAGCACAGAGUUUGUCAGGUUUGAAGCUCCUAUGAUGGUAUGUGUCAAAUCAGUUGUAGCUAAUCUGUCCAGGGAGAAUACUGGCUUCAUUACACUUGUAUAGUUGAGUUCUUCCAGCAUUACUGCUGUUUAAUAGAACAUGAUUAGUCAUCACGGAGAAAAAAGCAUAUUAGCUGAGGAGGUAGUUACAUGGCACGCUUCGGUGAUUGCUUGGAUGUGAUUGCAAUAUUCUUAGAAGCAUCAUAUUAUCUCAGACAUGUUCUUUCAAGCCCUUGGAGCCCUCCUUUCUAAAUUUACUGUCAUAAUUUAGUAUCUGUUUAAUUUUUCAGUCCAAAGAGGGGAAAUCAGUUGCUGAGUAUUAUUUGACUGCAGCCUCCUUGGUGUAAAAACAAAAUGGAAAAAAUAAAUAAGAAUAGCUAUGAAAUGCACAAAGGAUUAAUGAAUACUGAUAAGGAAAAAAUAUUUCAAGUUCAUUUAUGAGUAUAACUACAGAAAAGGCUAUUUUUUUUCAGUCAUGACAAAUACGUUCUGUCAUUUUCACCAAGGUAAAUGUGUUGAGUUUGGGCCUAAGUUAUUUAGAUUUUGUAUUGUCUCUAGGUUAUAUGUAUGUAAAAACCUAUUAGAAUUUUUAAAUGUUCAUAAGUAUGCAUUUUUUGGUAAGGCAAAUCUUCUUUGGUUAAUUUAUAAACUGUAAUUGUUGUGAAAUAACGUGCACAUAGUUAGGACCUAAGGAGUCACAGAUCAUGGCAAUAGAUCAUGAAAACAUUCCAGGCAAAGAAAUAGAUUUUUAUUCCUUUGAUGAAGAGCAUAUCUAAUUCAAAUGUUGGCACAUGUUUACAGAAAAAGGUACAAGGAAAUAUGGUUUGGAAGGACAGGCUGUUGUCUUUCAGAAGCACAAACAUCCUUCAUUGUAUGCUUCACGAUGAUGUUGUGGGAGGAUGACUGGGAGCCAGAAGCCAAGUAUGCAAGAAUCAGGUUCCCCCUCCCCCAUACCUAGCCUGAUCACCCUCUUUAAAGCGAACAUGGCUUGUGCUCCAAAAUGGAUCUCAUGGAAUGGCUGUCUUCUGCGAAGGGUUUUAGACUUCAUUUUAGAUAACAAUUACAGUUCCAAUAUUUUUGUAGCACUGAACUGUUGUUAAUUUUUCCUUUCUUGGUAGGCUGCGUGAUUUUGAAUUGCAAGGCAUGAGUAGGGAAAAAGGGAUGUUGUAGAGAAUGAAUGUUUGUUCAAACUGACCUGAAAUAGAUAGCAGUGAAGAAUUCUUUUAAAUCGCUUGAAUACAUGCAAUAACAAUGUGUACAUUUACCUGCAUUUAACAAUUUUCUGGUGUUCUUCCCCCCUUUGGAAUUAUAUUUUCCUUUGAAGGAAAAAUAACUGGAGAAAGUAAAGCACAGAGUUAAUUUUGUGCUACGGCCGGAAGAAAGGCUUUUGUCAUGUUGUGUGGUAUGUUGAGCCAAGAGAACCCUCAAAGGCACAAACUGCAAUACUUCACUUGGCCACAUUAUUUCCUUGAUUUUCCGUUUUCAUUUAUUUGGCUCUAUAAAAGAGCCUUUUUUGGUAGCAUGGCAAUUUCACAGCAUGAGUGUACAUUUGUGGCUUUGAAGAUAUUUAAGCGGAUACUAGUUUUAAUAUAGCUUCCAUAACACUACCUAUGUGACACUAGCAAUUGGUUUGUGUCUUCCUUUCAUCCCUGAAUAGCCUCACUGACAUGUUCAUCAGAACCUGGGGUGGCAGACUUUCCACUUUGUUAGGGGAGGUGCUGUGGAGUACUCCUUUCUUUGCAAGGGACAAUUUCCUAAUCUUUCAUCCAGGCGGAUUACUAAAGUAAGGCUUGAGGAAAUACAUGCUAGUGGUACAAGAACUAACACUAAGUACCUGCCCUUGACUUCAUCUGGGGUACUUUAUGGCAUGAUAACAGUGAAGUGGCUGCUGCUUGGCAUGGUGAUAUUUUCGGUCCUAGCUGCUUGUCCUGGGCUUCAGUAGCCCUCAUGAAAGAUUAAAUGCAUCUUCCUCAUGGAAGUUGCCUAACGCUUUUGAAAAUUAGGUCCCAGAUAUUUCUGAAUACUUACCAUUUUAACAGCAGUACACUUUCAUUUAAUACUGUUCUAAAUUAAACUACUUUUAAAAUAUUCAACUUUUAAACACUUUGAAGUAUUGUAGCAUGAAACACUAAGAGCUGUUGAAAGAAAGGUCAAUGAAAACCUGUUUUAAAUAAAAUGUCAACGUAUCAAUGUCCUACAUUCCACCAUACAUACAUAUUUCCAUUGUAAAAUUAUACUUGUUUUUGUUUUGUUUUGUUUUAAGGGAGAAUAUUUGAGGUGAUAUCUUUAGGGAGUGCAUGUAUAUCACAGAAAAUGUGAUAGUUUCUACAAGCCCAGAGUAUUAACCUUUGACUGUAGCGAGAGCACAGGCAUAAUUGUGUUUGGUCUCACACAGGUUUCCUUGACCUAUUGACAGUGUCAGUGCUUUAAUAGAUUGUGUAGUAAUUUUAAGCUCUCUGAAUGCAUAUCUCUUAAAGGGUCUCCACAAGCAACCCUUAGAUGUCCAUCCACAUCUUCGCACUCAUUUGGAAAGAAGAUGAAGCUUAUCUUUAUGGUGUUGCAUCAGUUUCAUGGUACACUUCUGAUGAUCCUUUGAUGUAAUAAUUUUAUAAGCAUAUGUAUUUUAAUGCUAUCAGUAAUCACUUGUUCUUUUACCUUCCUCUAAGAGUAUACACAUUAACACUCAUGUUA